AUGGAGCACCCGGACAAGGUGAUCCCGCUACUCAAGUGGAUCUGGGACCUGUACAACAGAAAUGCUCUUCUGGAAGCGGUGGACAAGAGGCUGCUGACCGAAGGCAGGCAGCUGCUGGACGGUGGCUGCGAGUGGCAGCUGCAGCGCGUGUUGGUGGUCGGGCUGUGGUGUGCGCACCCGGAGCCUAGCGUGCGACCGUCAAUUGUGCAAGCCAUGAACGUCCUGCCAUCCGAGGAUGUGACGCUUCCAGUUCUGUCGCAGCAGGAGUAUAACAGGACUACGUCCGACUUUUCGCGUGGAACCCGCGGUUACCACUCGCCGGGAACGGGAAACAUAUAUGGCGACUACCGCUCGCCGGCGACGGGAAAUAUAUCCAACGACGACGUGUCUUGGGUGCUUAACGGGGGCAGAUGUUGA